AUGGCCAGCGCUGUCUGCGGCGUCACCGCGCGCCCGCACCUGCCUUCCGCCGUCCCAGCAGCCGCAAGAAAGCUCUUCUUCCGCUGCAGGGCGGCCUCCACCAUGAACGAGGCAUCUGCGAGCUCGCCGGACACCGAGGAGAAGAAGACGACGACUGUCUUCGUGGCCGGCUCGACGGGGCGCACCGGCAAGCGCGUUGUGGAGAAGCUGCUGGCCAAGGGAUUCGGCGUCGUCGCCGGCACGACGGAUGUGAGCAGCGCCCGUGGCAGCCUGCCCCAGGACCCCAACCUUCAGCUCGUAGACAACUUUGGCACAGUGAACCUGGUUGAAGCAUGCCGAAAGGCAGGCGUAACAAGAUUUGUACUCAUCAGCUCCAUUUUAGUAAAUGGGGCUGCUAUGGGUCAACUUCUGAAUCCAGCCUACAUUGUGCUCAAUCUACUUGGCUUAACACUGGUUACAAAGCUAGAGGCAGAGAAUCACAUCAGGAAAUCAGGAAUAAAUUACACUAUUGUAAGGCCUGGAGGGCUGACAGAUCAACCCCCAACAGGGAAUAUAGUCAUGGAACCUGAGGACACUCUUUACUCGGGAUCCAUAUCUCGGAGCCAGGUUGCUGAAGUAGCUGUAGAAGCAUUGUUGUGUCCAGAGUCUUCCUACAAAGUUGUUGAGAUUAUCGCCCGAGCUGAUGGUCCAAAUCGCCCUCUGAAGGAUAUGUACGCUGCAAUUAAGCAAAAUUGA